AUGGCGGCGUCCAGUAACACUGAGCAUUCUCUCGACAUAUCGACGCCGCUAAAGAUACCGAAAACGGAGGUACCAUCUCCGGAAUCGGAGGACUUGAGUGACAGUAAUCACUACCAUUCUAACCCCUCAACGCCAAAUCGUUUUUCGCCAUUGAACGUGAGCUCAGGAAGCGCAGGCCGUAGUGGCUUGGCCUCAUCCUCCAAUAGCUUCACCGCUUGCCGGGGAAUGUCUUGGACCCCGUCCGAAACAAACGCCCUCAUCGCAGUAUGGGGGAACGAAAGACUCACGGAGGCGCGGAUGCAGCAGCUGGAGGUGGCGGGUACGGUGUUCUCGGGCAAGGCUCCCGGUCCUGCAAUGUAUGAACGAGUCUCCAGGGCCUUGGCAGAGCUCGGGUACGAGCGGACUCCAUCCCAGUGCAGGGAGAGGAUGAAGACGCUGCGUCGCUGCUACAGCCGCGUCAAGGAGCACGGCAUCGGAAAGAGGAAGAGCAGCUACUCCAUCGAGCAGCUGGAGAAGGUGUUCGGCCAGGGGGGGUGGGACUCCCAGGGAGGCUGCGCCCCCGUGCUCAUCAACAGCAGCGGGCUGUACCAGGAGAUGGAGUCGGACUCCAGCGCCCUGGAGGACUUCUCCCAGGAGGACUGGUGCAACCAGGUGCUGGCCUCAGCCUUCCAGGAGGGAGACAUGGAGGCUGAGGAAAUCCAGGUGCCUAAAAACAGAGUUCUCCAUUUUCAAGCCGAGAUCUCAGAAAAAACGCAGAAGCGGGAGACCAUGCGUAACGUGGUGCGCAUCCUGGAGUCGGUGCAGCUCAAGUGGGAGCACUUCCAGACGUGGACCGAGUUCUCGCGGCUGCACCUCUCCAACAAGCUCGCCAUCUUCGGCGUGGGCUACAACACGCGCUGGCGGGAGGACGUGCGCUACCACCACGCCGAGAUCAGCUCGCAGGUGCCGCUGGGCAAGCGGCUGCGCGAGUUCUUCAACCCCGAGAAGCCCGAGGGCCGCGUGGUCAUGACCAAGGUGCAGAAGAUGAACUGGAAGAACGUCUACUACAAGUUCCUGGACAUCACCAUCAGCGAGGCGCGCUGCCUGGAGCUGCACAUGGAGGUGGACUGGAUCCACGUGGCGCAGACGCGAGCGGCGGGCAGCGCCGCGGGGGUGUGCCAGUACCUGCUGCCGGGGGACGUCCCCAAGACCUACGGACUGUACGCCGUGGGCUACGAGGCCGUCGACGGGCUGACGCCGGCCGCAGACGUGAGCGCUCCGUGGUCGGGAGAUAACCGGGGCGUGGAGGACAUGGAAGCGGUGGCGGCUGUGGCCACAGCGGUGGGGUUGGGAGACAGGACCAGGGGACCCGGGAUCACGUACUGCUAUCUGGGCAUAGCGGAGGACAGGACCCUGCAGCAGUCCCUGCUCUACCACUUCCAGGGCGUCGGCAAGCAGUUCUUGAACGGCGAGCCCUCGGGUGUCACACGCUUCCUGCAGGAGAACUGUCGGGGUGGUGGUGGGGGCGGCUUGCCUCAUCGGGCCGCAGUUUACGUCAAGUUUGUGGAGGUGGAGCUGGACUUCCUUUCGGCGGGCUCCCUGGUGGAGUGCUUAGAAACUGCCGUGGGCUAUUCUUUGAAGUACAACAAAAAGGAGCCAUUUUGAUGGACGCAUAGUGGGAUUUUGUUGUUCUCGGACGGGGGAUUGAAUCUCGUUUAGGAAAGAGAAAAGGUGUUGGAAGAGGUUUGUGACCAAUUUUGUCUGUUAUGAGGCAUUGCUGUUUUGCUUCCUUUGCCUAUUCAAUGCUUAUCUUAUUAUAUGAACGCACAAUGCAGCAAAUGCACCAUGGAACACUGGCUAAGGUUUUUUUUUUUACAAAUCGUUUCAUUAAAAAAAAAAUCAUAAUCGACCAAAAAUCCACUUCAGCUACUUUUUUUUUUUUACAUCAAAACAGUUUGCCUGAAUGGACUGCAUUAAAUAUUGCUAAAAACACAUUAUUAUAACCUCAAAUUUAGCAGUGAUUCACGAAUGGAAGUCCUACAUGGCACUAUUUCAUGUGAAUGCAUUUUUAGAAUGGGAUUUUUGUUAAAAAACCCACAAAUGUAUCCUUAUACAUUUCAACGUUGGCUUAGUGUAAACAUAGUGUAUGUACUAGGUUAUGAAUUAUUUCAGGCAGCAUAUGCACUAUAAUUAUUGGACGGGUAAUGUGCCAUCAGGGAGUGAGGUGGUCGGGUGACUUGUUGAAGUGUUGUAUGCAUCCGUCUACCUCUUCAGAGCCUCAGUAUACUUCACUUUAAUCAUGCAUAUGCAAGAUGUUGGUUGUGCUGGUCCUCAUGAACUGGAAUGCAUGCACCCGUGAAGUACAAUACCUACAUUAACCUUUAGGGGGCAGUAUACCGCCGGUCAUAUCCAGUAUGUUUUUACUGUAGAAAUGACCCAAAGCAGUUCGUGCACAUCAGACACAGAACUUGGAGAAUUACGAUCUGAAUUCACUCUGGGAUUUUAGGGGGCAUUGAUGAAUGUAUACCAUGUGAAAGCAGAUCCAUGACUUCAGUAAAUAGUUUCCUAAAACCCACAAUAAGACAAAAACAUAUGCAGAAAUGCUACACACAUAGCAUUCCAUCAUCAAAGUGGAGUAUAUACAGGUCUUUUGGAUGUAGCAGCCAAGGAAGUGGGUGGAGUGUGUGGAAAUCUUGCAUUGCCAGACUUGUGACAUGUGAGCCCGCAAGUAAAUAGGAAAUAGGGCUGGCUCCUGUACAACCACUGAAAUCAAGAGUGAGCUGCGGACGGUUGUGCUGGGAGAAUACCGUUCCCUGUUUUGUUUUAGUGCUUUCAGUGCUUUGAAUCUGCCUUCUGCUUUUGACUGACUCAGUCGAAGUUCCACUUUCUCAAAGCCUCUUUAUAAGUCAUGCGUUGUUAUUAUUGCCUCUGCGUUUUGCACGUAUGACGAACUCUGCCAACGGAUGUUGCAAGGGCUUGUGGGAAAUGAAGUUUAAAAAAAAGUCAGCGGUUGUGCUGACCGUUUUUCUCACAGAGAAUUCAACUUUAAGGACAAGGCUGGUGUGUCUUAACCUUUUCUUAUCGUCGACAUCUCCAUUCCCCCAAACAAUCAGGUUGUGGCUUAUCUCUGAGGCUCCUACUUUGGUCAACGCUAGAGGGACGUUAUAUAUCCCUAUUGGUAAUUUCAAGGAAUGUCAGCCAUAAGAAAAAAACAAAUGACUCCGAUGUGGGUACCAGAUUGACUCGGCUGCCAGAUCGACUCGAGGUCCUAGAUGCGCAAUAAUGACCCACCUCCUGCAAACGCUGUCUUUUAAAUGCGCAUGCACGUUUCAUUCAUUCCCAUGUUAUUCCCAAGUAUAAACGAUCUCCUUUUGUUUUCUAAUCUAUGAAUAAUAAUCUAAUGUACAAAUUAUUGUUGCCUAUACUUUGGUAAUAUAUAAAAGAAGAAUCGGUUAACUCCAUUCACUGAACGGGGCAUCCACUUUAUUUCUAGCGCUCCCAACACAGAGUCAAAACAGCGACCCACACGCAGACACUUCCGUUCUCGUCCUUCAGAAUAAGAGUCCCUAACAGGAACUGGGUAACAUAUGCAUUCAUCAGUGCUUUUAGUGUUUCCAAUGGCUUUGUUUGUGCGAAAGAACGGGCUGCGUUCAAUGAAAUAUCAAAACCAAAACGGAUUGAGCCUUCUUUUUAUGUCCAUGAUUGAGCCCCUUUAUAACAACCCUUCCGGGUUUUGUCCGUUGGCUUGUGUCGAUAAGUCAAGUGUCGAUACGUCAUCUGUAAGCGCAGCACCCCGAGGUGAUCUGGCAGCCGAGUCAAUCUGGUACCCACACCGGCUUUCCCUUUUAAAAAAAAGGUCUCUGAUAAACACUUUAGUCUCCUGCCAGAAAGAGAAUAUUCCUUAAUAUUUUAUCGGCCUACACAUUAGAUCAGACAUUAUUUGAAGUAUUUGAAGGGGAAAGGAUUCAAGUGGGAUAUUUACCUUCUGAACAGUUUUAACUUUGCAAAUGUGUUGCAUAAAUUGUGCACAUCUAGGGCCUAUAGUCAAACUCAUUGACCAGCAACCUCAUGAGGAAUAAUCUUGACCAGUAUUCAGUGACUUUGUUAUCCGAGAACAUGUGCAAUGUGCCAGGAAUGGAUUGUUACGGUUAAAUUGAAUUCAUAUUGAAUAUGUCUAUAUGGAAUCACAAUAUAUAAAUAUAUAUAUAUAUCAAUAUAAUAUAUAUUUAAGAAUAUUGACGUAAUUGAGCAACUGGCAUUUGCAAACUUGCAAAAUGUUAAUUUGUUUUGAGAUAUAUAAAUUAAUCUUUUAUAUUACUAUUCUUAUGUUUGUUCACACAUUCACACAUACAUCAUAUAUGUACUUGUUUUGAGUUCAGUCUUGUAUGUUUACACGUUUUGGAAGAACAAAAAAAAAUCAAUAAAUGGGACUCUUGCCACUCACUGAAAAA